AUAACAUUACCAAGCAAACAUAACCAAAAACCGAACUAAAAUAUAACAAUGACAAGGAAGUUUUGUUACAAGUUUUGUUUUGGUUGAUUUGAUUGAGUAAAUUUUUUGUGAGAUAUAAAACAUUUAAAAUGGCCCAAUCUCUAUUUGGUUGGGAUCUGCUGUAUAGCAGUGUUGAAAAAGAUAUACAAAAUAACCAGGAUAUCUUAGUUUGCCUAACUCAUCUUGUCCUAGUCUCAAAUGGUUUUAGAUGUGUUGGUUUGGGUGAGUCUAAGGUGUUGGAUGGUGACGAAAAAAAGUCCGAAUCGCUACCAAAGCAUUGGAACGAGGAUCAAAACAAUUAUUCCAUAAGAUAUGUAUAUCAAGGAAAACUGUACCUCUUAAAAGCAACCAACCUAGAUGAUGCACUAAUGGUUAACUUAAUCAGAGUCGAUGAACGGACCGUGUCAUUUUUACAGUUAAACAAACGAGAUGUUGCCACUAAGUCAGGCAGUUUAGAUAACAUGAUUCCGAAGCACAAGGAUAUUGUUGAUCAAAUAAAAACUCAACUUAUUGAUAAAGUUAUAGUUUCCACCAAAUCAAAAGAGACUGGUGUUCAGACUGAAUGUCAAAGUACUAGAGACAGAGACAGAAGUACUGGAUUAUUAAACUCACCAGAUCACAGAACAGAGAGAAUUGAUUUUCCGUAUAGAGCUCCAGCAUAUGGACAAGAUGAUUUAAAUCCCCUGGGCAUAGGACCAUUGCCUCGAAUACCUCUUGGCGGUGGUGGGGGAGGGAUGCUGUUCCAACCUCCAGGCCCUUCUUUUGGUGGAGGGUUAGGUGGCCGUAUUCCAGGUGGUUUGGGCCUUCCUCCAGGUGCUGUUCCACCAGGUGCUAGAUUUGAUCCGUUUAGACCACCAGAUGUUGACAGAUUUCCUCCUAGAAGACCCAACCGACCUGAUAAUGAUGAAUUCCCACCCCCUGGAUAUGAUGAUAUGUUUAUGUAGUAUUUAGAAUUUUAUUAAUACUAAAUAUUUUUAAAUA